AUGGCAGAAAAGGAAGGAGCAAUUGUCAAGAAGGGACAUGAGGAAGGUUUGAAAAUGGCAGUUUCCCUACUCGAAGAAUUCGGACUCCCAAUGGGGCUCCUCCCUCUUGCUGAUGUGAUCGAAGUGGGAUUCGUGAAGAACACAGGCUACAUGUGGAUCCAGCAAAAUAAAAAAAUUGAACACAAGUUCAAAAUGAUCAGUAAAAUGGUAAGUUAUGACACUGAAAUAAAUGGAUAUGUUGACAAGAAAAGAAUCAAGAAGCUCAAGGGAGUGAAAGCUAAGGAAUUGAUGUUAUGGCCUCCAGUUAAUGAGAUAACUGUAUAUGAUCCUCCCACUGGCAAGAUUCAAUUCAAGAGUCUGGCUGGCAUCACCAAAACAUUCCCAGUUGAAGCUUUUGCUGCUGGCCAGUAA